AUGGUUGAUUCUGGUCAUAGGAGGCAAAGAAUUAUUAAUUGUGUUGCUCAGUUGCCUUACAAAAUUCAACUGGGAGAGACCAAUGACGAAUGGAAUAUAGUUCCCGCCACCGGUAGCAGUUCACUUUACUCUUCGAUCGAGUAUUUAAAUAGUGAGGAGAAGUCCAAGGAUUAUGAACAGCAUGUUUUGGGAUGGACCGGUGAGAUUGGACGUGAAAGUAUCCCAUCUCGAAUCUUUAGCUCAAGGAAUAGGGAUAUGAAUGAAGAUGGUGAAAAAGGGGGAGCCGAUUUGCAUACCAAGGAAGAGCGCGAGAGGGAUGAGGAUCCGUUAUAUUUGACUAAUGGACAAAUUGAUGGGAUCACUAAAGAUCUUAGAAGACAUGGUAAGACUGAUGACCAUUACAAUGUGGAUAAUGUUCACCCCGUGUGGUUAUUACGUAGAGAUCAAAAGCGUUGGAGAGGAUUUGCAGAAAAUGUACUGUGGCCAACAUUUCAUUACAUUUUGAAAUUUUCCUCUGAUAGUGGUGAAAAGGAAAAUCUAUCAUGGUAUGAUUACGUUAGAUUUAAUGAAGCAUAUGCGAUGAAAAUUGGUGAAAUAUAUGAGAAGGGUGAUAUUAUAUGGAUUCAUGACUAUUAUUUACUCCUUUUGCCACAACUGCUAAGGAUGAAAUUUAAUGAUAAAGAUUUAACCAUUGCUUAUUUCCAUCAUUCACCAUGGCCAAGUAAUGAGUACUUUAGAGUUUUACCACGUAGGAAAGAAAUUUUGGACGGCCUCAUGGGUGCUGAUCGUGUUUGUUUCCAAAAUGAAGGUUUCGCUCGUCAUUUUGUCUCGUCUUGUAAAAGAUUAUUGGAUUCUACGAGUAGGAAAUCGAAAAAUAAAUUAGGGAUGGAACAGUACCAAAUAAGUGCAUAUGGUGGUGACAUAGUUGUUGAUUCAUUGCCAAUUGGUGUUAAUCGUGUUAAGUUGUUGGAGGAAUCCUUUACCAAGGAUAUCGAUCAAAAGGUUUUAGCCAUUAAAGAUGCAUUUCAAGGUAAAAAAAUCAUUAUAGGUAGGGAUAGAUUGGAUUCUGUUCGUGGUGUUGUUCAAAAAUUGAGAGCGUUUGAAACUUUCCUUUCCAUGUAUCCAGAAUGGAGAGAUCAAGUAGUUUUGAUUCAGGUUAGUGUUCCCAGUAUGAAAGGUGGGACUAAUCAAAUUAUAAGAUUGGAACAACAAGUGAACGAAUUAGUUACCUCCAUCAAUAUGCAAUACGGAAGCUUGAAUUUUUCACCAGUACAUCAUUACUACAUGAGAAUUCCCAAAGAUGCGUAUCUUUCAUUGUUGAGGGCUGCAGAUCUUUGUGUUAUCGCAAGCGUUAGAGACGGUACCAAUACUACAGCACUUGAAUACGUGACGGUGAAAUCACAUAUGUCUAGUUACAACUGUUACGGAAAUCCCUUGAUCUUAAGUGAAUUUUCAGGGACUAGUACAAGUCUUAAGGAUGCUAUGAUCAUUAACCCUUGGGAUUCCGUAGCAGUUGCUAAAAGUAUUAAUAAGGCUUUAACUCUACCAAGGGAGGAGAAAAAAGCACUCGAAGAUAAAGUUUGGCCUGAAGUUCCUAUUAUCCAAGAUUGGACCGAUCAAUUUUUAUCCACGUUAAAUGAUAUCGUUGAUGAAGCACAUAAUACAACCGAUAGAAAAAUGACACCGGCUUUAAACAGACCAGCUCUUUUGGCAAAUUACAGGCAAUCAAAGCGUCGUCUAUUCUUAUUCGAUUAUGAUGGAACUUUAACUCCCAUUGUACAAGACCCAGCUGCUGCAAUUCCAUCGGCUCGUUUGAUUUCGAUCUUGCAAAAACUUGCAUCAGAUCCUUGUAAUCAAAUUUGGAUCAUUUCGGGUAGAGAUCAAAAGUUUUUAAAUAAAUGGCUUGGUGGUAGAUUACCCCAGUUGGGACUUAGCGCUGAACAUGGAUGCUUUUACAAAGAUGUGGAUGACGAGAACUGGAUCAACUUAACAGAAAAAUUUGAUAUGUCAUGGCAAGAAAAAGUCGGUAGUACUAUGGAGGAAUUUACAAGGAGAACACCAGGUUCAUUUAUCGAGAGGAAAAAAGUUGCAUUGACUUGGCAUUACAGAAGAGCAGAUCCUGAAUUAGGUGAAUUCUAUGCAUCUGAAUUGAAAAAGGAAUUAGAUAAAAUAUGCGCAGAUUACGAUUUAGAUGUUAUGGAAGGUAAAGCUAACAUUGAAGUUCGUCCUAAAUUUGUUAAUAAAGGUGAAAUUGUAAAGAGAUUAGUUUGGCACCAUCAUGGUAGACGUCAAGACAUGUUAAACACAAGUAAAGAAAAAUUAACCAUUGGGGAAAUGCCUGAUUUUACCUUCUGUUUGGGUGACGAUUUUACAGAUGAAGAUAUGUUUAACCAACUGAAUGAUAUUGAAGCAGUUUGGAGAAAGCAAUACAGUGAUCAAGUUAACCAAUGGGGUGGAUUUGGGAUGUAUCCUUGUACUGUGGGAUCUGCAUCCAAGAAAACUGUGGCUAAGGCACAUUUAACAGAUCCACAGCAAGUGCUUGACACCUUGGGUCUGCUAGUAGGUGAUGUCUCAUUGUUCCAAAGUGCAGGUACGGUCGACUUAGACUCUCGUGGUCAUGUCAAACAUAGUGACAGCAGUAUAAGAUCUGAGCAGGCUGGGGCCCGGUAUGCUAUGAAGAGGCAGCAGUCGUACAAGAAUUGA